AGAACAGAAGGAAGUGGCCCUGCGCUUGUCUUGGCCUAGUGACCUGAGCCCUAGCAGCGUCCCCGCGCCUGCCCAAUAGGCUCUGCCGCACAGGGGCGCCAGCCCCUCCGGGGAUGUACGGGGGCCUCCUCCCGCGCUGGGAAACGCGAAGGCCCGGACAGCUGGGCGACAGCAGCGUCCCACGCUUCCCCUCUUGUCGCUCACCUCCUGUGCCCGUGUCUGCGUGCUGACCUCAGGGCCAAAGCGAGGGCGCCCACUGCCCCCGGCCCUGCGCAAAGCUGUGCGGCUCCUCCGAAAUGAGCAUUUGCUCCGGGAUGCAAAAGGCUCUCACCUCGGGAAGGUGUGUGCUCACUCGGUCCUGUUCUCCGCCCACACGCUCGGCUGCCCCGGGCCGGCGCCUACCAGAAGGAGCCUGGGAGAGACCGCGGGUCCCAGGGCUGCUGAGCUGCUUUGCCUGGGGUUCCUGGGGCCACAGGAAGGAGCGAGAUGCCACCUCCUCCCGAGGGUCACCUCAGGAGACCUCACAGGGCUCUGAGGACGAGCUGGCCCUGACAGCCAUCUUUCCCAACGGAGACUGCGAAGACUGUGGCAGCGGGUUCAGAGCCCGGGGCGGGCCGCCCACCCAUCCCCUGAGCAACCGGGAGACUCGAGAUGAAGGCGGGGCUCUGACCUAGGGACUGGGCCCCCGCUCCAUGUUGACCUCGCCUGGUGACGACUACAGAGACCCCAUCUGCUAGGGGGCUGACAUUUCCCAGUUGCCAGUCGGGCCACAGGACUUGCUGGCACCAACAGGACCAGGGAAAACCUGUCCUGUGGGCCCUAUCCCCACUUAGUAAUCGCCCCCCCUGUGAUCAUGGAUGGUGAAGUUAUUUGGUCUCUCUGUGCCUCAGUUUCUCUAAGCUGCUGAGCUGUGGCAUCCUACCGUGUGCAGUGCCCAGGGCACAUGCACGGGAGUGCAACUGGCAAGAACUCCGGGCCAUUCCCUGGGGUCUGGGGUGCAACCCUGGCUCUGUCACGUGGUCUCUGGGGCUUGUUUCCCAGUGGGGGGCGGUGGUGCCAGCCAGUGGCUUUCCACAGGGGCCAGGCCGCCCCUCUUGGGCAGUGUUGGAAACUUGUGUCUGUGUGUGGCCCAGUGGGCAUCAGUAUGACUGUGGGGCACCCCUGUUAUGUACAAUGUUCAGGACAACUUCUCUGACAGCAAAGACUUGGUUCGGGCAAAAUGCCAGUUGUGGCACCCUUGAGAAAGUGCGGAAGAACCAAUCACUUCCGGUGUGAAAUUCUAGGAAGAGGCCCACAGAGCUGCUGGCUUCCUGGGACUUCGGCUCCCAGAAGAGGCUGAGGUGGUGUGGUGCUGCUUGGGCCACAGCCAAGAGGCCCCUGUGUUGUGGGACAGGACAGAAAUAGCCACUCCUGCCUGCCAGAGGAAAGGGCCCCUCUCUCUCAUACUAUCGUUGACUGUGUGUGCCAGGCCCUUUGAAAUGCUGGGAGCUGCACCGAUCACAAGCAAAGCUCGGCGCCUGGGAUUCAAGCCCAGGACCCGCUCUAGGCGUCAGGUCUGAGCUCAGGGUCGCAGCAGACACAGCCCAGAGGUUGCAGGCUCCUGUCGUCUGUGUCUGAGUCAGGGUGGAUGGUGUUUCCUGCAGAGCUGGCAGGGCCAUCGCGCACUCACAGGAGCAGUCGCCUUUGCAUCUCUUGUCCCCCCUGUUGUCCCUGGAGAAAGCUAGUCCUGGGACGGCAGGGGCAUUUCCUGAUAGUCCCCGGCAGGAUGCACUCUCAGGGGAAGUAACUAAACCCAUGCAUUCCCGCGCGCCUCGCUCUGCGCAUGCCUGGCACCGAACAGUGCCACGCCCUCUCUGGGAUGCAGCCAAUGGGAGAACAGGAAACCUCAGCUGAGGGGCUGCAGGAGACCCUUCUUGGUCCGUGCCUCAGUUUCUCCUCUGUAACAGGGAGCCCAGUCCUGUCCCUCAGUGGCAUCAUGGGGGGAGUGUGAAGGUGACCAAGACGACGACUCCCUUGGGGUUAGGUCUCAAUAAUUCAGGGCGGUCACCCCAGUAGAGGGACCCCGCUGGCUUCCUUUACGCGAGGAUGAACUCAAGGAAUUUUGACUCAUGAAGUUUACUGAUUUUGUUUUUAAGUGGGGAGACUUCAUAUCAUUGCAGCUGCUAUCUUUUUUCUAUUUCUCUAUCGAUUUUUUUGUAAUCAUUUGCUUGGAGUUUUAUUAUUGAGUAGGGGUGAGAAGACUUUUACAUUAGGAAUUUAUCUAAGGCCCUAGCUAAAAGUUUUAAGAAAUGUUUUGUGAUUGUUGUCAAUAUUUGAAACUUGUGAGUUUACAUUAAAAAGUCUAGUUUUCUGGGUGGGAGGGGGCACCCCUCCCUUUCCUGAGCCCCUGUCCCACUCCAUCCCAUCCCCAGCCUCGUGACCCUUCACUCAUGUGACAUCUACUGAUUGCUGGUCCCCAUAAACAUUUGACCUUGGUGGCUCUGGGCCAAA